AUGCACGCCAAGAUCUUCGCUACACUGCUGCUCUCUGUCCUCGCCGUCAACGCUCUUCCGGCGAAGCGGGAUGACAACGCUUCUCUUUACCAAAGUCAAGCGAAAGAGCUGCUUGACGUAGUCAACAGCGAGAUUAGCGCGGCCGGACCCACCGCGUCCGCAUACACUGCGUUCAUCACCACCAUCGGGGGCCGACCUGUCGUCGAGAUGUCGGAAUCCGUGAGCGGCAAGGUCUGGGUGGCCAUGACCUCGAGCACGGCGGCGGCGAGCGCGACAGCGCGUCCGGCCAACGACGCCGCCGCGGACCCGGCGAGCUCAGCAGGGAGCUCGACUGCAUCUGACUCUCAGGCUUCAUCGAGUGCUGCGUCGACCAGCUCACAGGCGGCGUCGGCGACAGGGACAAAGUAA